GCCUUUCACGACCAGACGAUUCCUUCCUCGCGAACUCGUCCUCCACCACUCAUUGACCGCUACCACUGUCAAAGGUCGCGGCGCAAAACCUCGCCUUUUCUCGACAUUUAUUUUCUACAUCUCGCGCACCUUUGUCCGUCUUUCAUCUCCUUCCAUUUCCCCUCCCUCUCCCGCCCUACUGCUCCGAAUCCCCUGUCUCUAAGCAUCUGCAAGGCUCGACCUCACACUCUUCCUUCCACCGACCUUCACGACGCGCGCCUCUCCUCGACUCUUGUCGGCUCGAAGAAAACACACAUCCCGUGGAGCACUUGUUGAAAACCAUCGCCGCCUUCGAAGCCUCCCUUCCUUACCGUACUGCCCUUGUUUGCCGACCCUGGGCCUGUCUGCACCUUAGCCGCGGCAUAUGGGAGACACCCUUGACGAAUAUCUUCGGCCAAAAAAAACCGCGAUACACACAACCGCCAACAACACCACUUCCGACUCACGCACGAGACGCCUCUAAUGCUGAGAAAACUCCCCUCUCUAUCGGACGUCUACUCGAUUAUGUCGCCAUCGCCUUUCCCCAUCUGCUACUAGACGUGAACAAUCUUUCCUCAACCUUCAUUUUUGGGUCAUUCUUUUUGAAAGCAAGCAUCCUUUUCCCCCCUCAACUACUUUACCUGCACACAGGGGUCACAAACCUUUUCUGAACACGAGCCUUCCAAAACUACCUCCUCAGAAGCCUUAAAUGCAAGCAACGUCAUAGCAACAAGGUGGCUUCAGAGGUUCAGCAGUGGCCGGUCGUUCACCGAGCGUAUUGUAGUCGCAAAGAGAAGGAAACACCUCCAUACAUCCGCACUGCUCGUUGACCAGAGUCUGAAGUCAUGUCGUCUUCUCCGAACAAUGCGGCGGUCCCUGCCGCAGCUGCUCCGGCCCCGCCCCCGAUGCAGUUCGUCCGCUUUCGCGAAACCGUCUCCCAGCCCGUCAUUGCAGCCUUCUGCGCCGGAGGUGUAGCUGGCGCUGUGUCACGAACCGUCGUGUCGCCCCUCGAGCGCCUCAAGAUUCUUUUCCAAGUCCAGAGCGUCGGAAGAGAUGCCUACAAGCUGUCUGUAGGCCAGGGUCUAGCAAAGAUGUGGAGAGAGGAAGGCUGGAGAGGGUUCAUGAGAGGCAACGGAACCAACUGUGUUCGCAUUGUGCCCUACUCAGCCGUUCAAUUCGGAAGCUACAACUUUUACAAGAGGAGCAUAUUUGAGAACACCCCUGGUGCAGACCUCUCUCCGCUUGCCCGUCUGACCUGCGGUGGCAUUGCAGGCAUCACCUCUGUCUUCUUCACAUACCCCCUUGACAUUGUUCGCACUCGACUUUCCAUCCAGUCUGCGUCCUUUGCCGAGCUGGGCCCCAAGUCUGAGCAGCUCCCUGGCAUGUGGGCCACCAUGACCAAGAUGUACCAGACUGAAGGCGGCGUCUCUGCCCUGUACAGAGGAAUUGUUCCCACUGUUGCUGGUGUCGCUCCCUAUGUCGGCCUUAACUUUAUGGUCUAUGAAUGGGUUCGCAAAUACCUAACCCCUGAGGGCGACAAGAACCCCAGCGCUGUCCGGAAGCUGCUGGCUGGUGCCAUCUCUGGCGCUGUUGCUCAGACCUGCACCUACCCCUUCGACGUCCUGCGUCGAAGGUUUCAGAUCAACACUAUGACGGGCAUGGGCUACCAAUACAAGUCCAUUUCUGAUGCCGUCAAGGUCAUUGUUGCCCAAGAGGGCAUUAAGGGCAUGUACAAGGGCAUUGUCCCUAAUUUGCUCAAGGUCGCGCCCAGCAUGGCUUCCAGCUGGCUCAGCUUCGAGCUGUCUCGCGACUUCUUGGUCUCUCUUAAGCCCGAGGCCGACUCGGAGGCGACCCUCUGACGCGCAAGGCGUCUAAACUUAUUUUACAAUUUUCUCCUUGGCACAACCAAGGGGCAAUAUGCGGAAGGAUUGCGAAAAAGGACUGAGCAUGGGGGAGGUUUACUCUUAGACAGUGGAUCCACAACAGCCACAGCGAGACAGAGAGACUGUCUGCCCGGGUUGCGUUUGGCAGCCCGGCAUUUCAUCCAUCAGUGUUUUUAUAAUGUAUUACAACAACAAGACUAGCUCGUGCAUUCUGGACCGGAGGCAGGGGGUUUCCCCUUACCUGCAUAUACACAGAAAGAUAUCCGCACCCACGUUAACUCAUACAACGGAUAUCUCAGAGGGACCCGGUGUCACAGGACCAUAUAGACAGACCCAGGAUUGCCUCGAUAACAAGGCACGGAUCGAGCCUCUCUCAGGUAGGUACAGAAAUGCAGCUU